AUGUCCUUCGACCCACACAAUGUCGACCUGGACACGGCAGACGCCGCCCAAAUCGUCUGCUACCUCAACGCAGAAGGAAACGAAUACGACGGCCGAAUGGGCGCACGCAUAUCCGCCAUCUUCGUAAUCCUAGUCGUCUCCUCAGCAGCAACCUUCUUCCCUGUUCUGGCGCAGCGCGCCCCCCGCCUCCGCAUCCCCCUCUACGUCUACCUCUUCGCAAAGUACUUCGGUGCGGGCGUGAUCAUCGCAACGGCAUUCAUCCACCUUCUUGACCCCGCCUACGACGAGAUUGGAAGCAACUCCUGCGUCGGCCUGACAGGCCACUGGGCCGAUUACUCCUGGUGUCCUGCCAUCGUGCUCACCUCUCUCAUGGUCGUGUUCCUCAUGGACUUCGGCGCCGAGCGCUGGGUCGAAGUCAAGUACGGCAUUUGUCGCGAGGACCCCGAGCCGAUGAUGGCUUCUGGUGGUGAUGUUCAGGUUCAGCGUGUUAGCUCGCGUGUGUCGGCGCGUCACUCGGACGAUAAACAGGUGAAGGAGAUCGAGUCGCAGUCGCAGGAGCUUGCUAUCGAGCGCUCGGUUAAGCAGCAGAUUGCUGCGCUGCUGAUUCUUGAAUUUGGCGUUAUCUUCCACUCAGUCAUUAUUGGUCUUAAUCUUGGUGUUGCUGGUGAUGAGUUUGCAACUCUUUACCCCGUUCUUGUGUUCCACCAGUCGUUUGAGGGUCUUGGUAUCGGCGCUAGAAUGUCUAGCAUUCCUUUCAAGAAGGGUAGCUGGAUUCCUUGGCUUUUGUGUACCGCCUACGGAUUGACGACUCCUAUUUCUAUUGCUAUUGGACUGGGCCUGCGCACUACUUACAACCCUGGUUCCUUUACUGCAAAUGUUGUCUCCGGUGUCUUGGACUCGAUCUCUGCUGGUAUUUUGCUGUAUACUGGUUUGGUGGAGUUGCUUGCGCGCGACUUCUUGUUUGACCCUCAUCGCACGCAAGAUGACAGGCGUCUGGCUUUCAUGGUGCUUACUAUGCUCCUUGGUGCUGGUAUCAUGGCUCUUCUUGGAAAAUGGGCUUGA